AUGGAGAACCUGCUGUCCCUCGCCUUCGACAACCUCUCCUCCUUCGACGGCCCCAAGAUCCGCAAGGGCCUGAAGCAGGUCGAGGGCCUGCUGGCCAACAUCUGCCUGUCACGCCAGCAACCAAACAGCAAGGACAAGGGCCGCCGCGCCUCGACUGUCGCCAAGGAUCCGGGACAACAGGACCAGAGCCAGGAGCCGCCCCCGACGAAGACGCUGUCCGAGCUCACCGACGACCCGGCCUUCUACGAGUUCUUCAAGCUGCAGGAGGGCUUCGAGUGGAACGUCGCCAUGCGCCUCGUCACCACCCUCGACCGGCUGCUGGCUAAGGGCGGCGACGGAUCAAACGACCUGCUGAUGCUGAGCGCGCUGGACUUGAUCCAGGGCGUCAUGCUGCUGCACCCGCCCAGCAAGGCGCUGUUCUCGCGCGAGAUGUGCAUGAACAUGCUCCUCGACCUCCUCGAGCCCGACUUCUGCCCCGCGAUCCAGUCCGCGACGCUCCUCACGCUCGUGACGGCCCUGAUCGACACACCACAAAACACGCGCACCUUCGAGAACCUGGACGGGCUGCUGGCCGUGACGUCGCUCUUCCGGUCGCGCGGCACCAGCCGCGACGUCAAGCUCAAGCUAAUCGAGUUCCUGUACUUCUACCUCAUGCCCGAGGUCCCCUCGAUCCCGAGCGCCGUCGUCCGCGACUCGGUCCCGGGCCUGCUGCAGCGCAGCCCUAGCAAGCUCGCCAAGGCCUUCUCCGGGUUCGCCAACGGCAACGGCGGCGAGGGCACAAGCCGCCGGCGCCCGCGCUCCGACAGCGACGACUGCCAGACCCGCAGCCAGGAGGAGAAGCAGCUCCUGCUGGGCCGCCAUCUGAAUAGUGUCGAGGAGCUGGUCAAGGACCUGAGACAGUCGACGCCCUUUGGCGGAGUCGUGUGCUGA